GGCAGCAUUCCGGGUGGAGAGUGUGAGAGAAAGAGAAAGACAGGGGAGAUUUGGAGGCCGAGGACUGUAUAUUUACGGCGAGAAAACACGAGCUGUAUGUCCAGACCAGCCGCGACGUUUAGGCAGGAUAUGGGCACUCCAGGGCACAUCCCAGGACAAGACAUGGAUCUGUAAGCUAGUCCUCUCCAUCCGUCUCCAUUUGCUGCCUUGCCUGCUGCUCGCCUAAACCGCCUCUUCUGCCCCGGCUAUAGCGGUUUGGCUCAGACUCCCUCUAAGUAAAGAAGAGGAAAAAAAAAAAACCCAAGUGGGAGGGUGUAGUAAACUUUCCCCAGCUGCUGUCCAGACACACACAUGCUGCAUUGCUGCCAUUCCCCAAGCCCUGCUCCAUCCAUCCCUAGGGCACGGCCACUAGCUUGCUAGCAAGCUAGCACUUGGCACAUAAAGAAGGCCUGUGCUCGGGUAUAUAAAAAAAAAAAAAAUACAAGCACUGUGUGCACUUGCCUCUUUCUUUUUUUUUCCUCCCUUUUCCGGGUCAACCAGCCACAUACUCACCCAGUGGGACUCCUUUUGUUUAGCUGUCAUUCCCGCUGCUUUGAGCAGUGGAGGAUUGCUAGUAGACAGCCAGCCAGUCAGUCAUUCAGCGAGGCAGACUGAGGAAGCCGGGGGGAGUUGUUUAUCAGUGGCCAGGAUGAUGGAGCCCAGCAUGGAGAACUGCCUGGCCCAGGUCCUGCAGAAGGACGUGGGCCGACGGCUGCAGGUUGGACAGGAGAUCAUCGAUUACAUUUUGGACAAGGAGAAGUCUCACGACCUGGAGCAGGAUCAGACAGCACUGGACAAGAUGGUCGACGGCAUCGCCAGCUCGUGGGUCAACUCCAGCAACUUUAAGGUGGCUCUGCUCGGCUUGGACCUCUUAUCUGCCUUAGUGACAAGGUUACAGGAGCGAUUCAGGGCCCAGGUGGGAACAGUUCUGCCCAGCCUUAUUGAUCGUCUGGGAGAUGCCAAAGACCAAGUCCGAGACCAAGACCAAACACUGCUGCUCAAGAUCAUGGAACAAGCCGCCACCCCACAGUAUGUAUGGGACAGGAUGCUGGGAGGCUUUAAACAUAAGAACAACAGGACCAGAGAAGGAGUGUGCCUUUGCCUCAUUGCCACACUGAACACAUAUGGAGCUCAAGGCCUGACCCUCAGUAAAAUAGUUCCCCACAUAUGUAACCUGUUGGGGGACCCCACCAGUCAGGUACGUGAUGGAGCUAUGAGCUGCUUGGUGGAGAUCUACAGACAUGUGGGUGAGAGGGUGAGGAUGGAUCUCAGCAAAAAAGGCCUGCCACAGUCACGGUUGAAUGUAAUCUUCAAUAAAUUCGAUGAAGUCCAAAGAUCCGGGAACAUGAUCUCAUCCUCUGGCUCAGAUAAGAACUUUGAGGAUGAGGACUCCGUGGAUGGAGGCCGGUCCUCUUCCUCAUCAUCCUCAAAAGCUCCCCCCAGUGGCAGGAGGACCAUAAUGAGCUCUGUUAGAAGACCCAGCUCGGCCACCAUCGCUAAGACCACAGGUAAAGAAGCAGGAGCUGGUGCUGUUGAUGAAGAGGAUUUCAUCAAAGCCUUUGAAGAUGUGCCCUCAGUUCAGUUCUAUUCUAACAGAGAGCUAGAGGACCAGCUGACCAAGAUCAGAGAAGUGCUGUCUGAUGACAAACAUGACUGGGAGCACCGAGUGGUGGCUCUGAAGAAGGUCCGCUCGCUCAUGUUGGCCGGGGCCGCCGAAUACGAGGGUUUCUCUCAGCAGCUGCGUCUCCUGGAGGCACCUCUCAAACUGUCGGCGAAAGACCUGCGCUCCCAGGUGGUCCGCGAGGCCUGCAUCACGCUGGGACAUUUGUCGUCGAUUCUGGGUAACAAGUUUGACCAUGGAGCGGAGAGCGUGAUGCCCACUCUGCUGAACCUUGUGCCCAACAGUGCCAAAGUCAUGGCCACGUCCGGGAUGGCCGCCAUCCGCCUCAUCCUCAGGCACACACACUACCCACGCCUCAUCCCCAUCAUCACCAGUAACUGCACCUCCAAAUCAGUAGCAGUAAGACGGCGCUGUUAUGAGUUCCUAGACCUCAUGUUACAAGAGUGGCACACUAAUACACUGGAAAGACACGUGGCUGUCCUGACUGAGACCAUCAAGAAAGGCAUACACGAUGCUGACUCUGAGGCCAGAUCCAUCGCGAGAAAGUGCUAUUGGGGUUUCCAUGGUCACUACAGUCGAGAGGCAGAGCACCUGUUCCAGGCGCUGGAGUCCACCUAUCAGAAGGCCCUCCAGUCUCACCUGAAGAGCUCCGACAGCAUUGUGUCUCUACCCCAGUCUGACCGCUCGUCAUCGUCUUCCCAGGAGAGUCUCAACCGACCAUUAUCUGUGAAGAGUGUCAUUGGAGGGAGCAUCACAAGGAGUAAGCUGGUGAGCACCAGGGUGCCUAGUACGCCGGGUUCUCUCCAGCGUUCCCGUAGCGACAUUGAUGUAAACGCCGCCUCUAACGCCAAGUCACGUCUGUCCACCGUCCCCGCCUCCUCACCGUUCAGCUCCGCAGCUGCCCUUCCCCCGGGGUCCUACGCCUCAUUAGGUCGCGUUCGUACGAGGAGACAAAGCUCCGGCAGCGUGGGCGGAGCCACUACUUCAGUGGUGGACAGCAGGGGGCGCAGCCGAGCCAAAGUGGUCUCCCAGUCCCAGCCCGGCAGUCGCUCCAGCUCCCCAGGCAAGCUGCUCGGCCACAGCAGCUAUGGCCGGAUCCCCCGAGCCAUGGUGUCGGCCUCCACCACGCCAGCUGACAAGCGCAGCAGGAUCCCUCGCAGCCAGGGCUGCAGCCGAGAGACGAGUCCCAGCCGACUGGGUCUCGCCAGCCUGUGUGGUAAAGCUCUUCUUCCUGCUGCUCUUCCCUACCGCACGCUAGCCCGGAGCCGCAUUCCCCGUCCCAGCAUGAGUCAAGGUUGCAGUCGCGACACCAGUCGCGAGAGCAGCCGCGACACCAGCCCUGCUCGGGGCUUCGCUCCUCUGGACCGAUACGGUUUGAUCCAUCAAGCGAGAAUCUCUGCAUCAGUCAAUGCCAUGAGGGUCCUUAAUACUGGCACCGAGGUGGAGGCGGCAGUUGCAGACGCUUUGCUGUUAGGAGACUCCAGGAAUAAGAGGAAGCCACUGAGGCGGAGGUACGAAUCACCUGGGAUGUACUCUGAUGAUGAUGCCAACAGUGAUGCAUCCAGCGCCUGCUCGGAGCGCUCGUACGGUUCACGAAACGGAGGCAUACCUCAUUACCUGCGCCAGACAGAGGACGUCGCGGAGGUCCUCAACCACUGUGCCAGCUCCAACUGGUCAGAGAGGAAGGAGGGCCUGCUGGGCCUGCAGAAUCUCCUCAAGAGCCAAAGAAUACUGAGCCGAGUGGAGUUGAAGAGGCUUUGUGAGAUCUUCACAAGGAUGUUUGCAGACCCACAUAGCAAGAGAGUGUUCAGCAUGUUCCUGGAGACUCUUGUGGACUUCAUCACCGUACACAGGGAGGACCUGCAGGACUGGCUCUUUGUCCUGCUCACUCAGCUGCUGAAGAAAAUGGGGGCAGACCUGCUCGGCUCCGUCCAGGCCAAAGUCCAAAAGGCCCUGGAUGUUACAAGGGAGUCUUUCCCAUUUGACCAACAGUUCAACAUUCUAAUGAGGUUCAUCGUUGAUCAGACUCAGACACCAAACCUCAAGGUAAAGGUGGCCAUUUUAAAGUACAUCGAGUCCCUGGCCCGACAGAUGGACCCGACGGACUUUGUCAACUCCAGUGAGACACGUUUGGCUGUAUCUCGCAUCAUCACCUGGACUACUGAGCCCAAAAGCUCCGAUGUCAGGAAGACCCUUCAUAACUGGGUGAGCGAGGAGCUAGCUGGCAGGUCCAGCACUGCAGCCUUACUGUCCACUGAGGGCAACCAGGAAGAAAGGUGUAAGCAGGCAGCCCAGGUGGUGCUGAUCGCCUUGUUUGAGCUCAACACCCCAGAGUUUACCAUGCUGCUGGGAGCCCUGCCCAAAACGUUCCAGGACGGAGCCACCAAACUGCUGCACAACCACCUGAAGAACUCCAGCAAUACCAGCAGCAGUGUGGGGUCUCCGAGCAACACCAUUGGACGGACGCCUCCACGCCACACCCCCAGCAGAACCAGCCCCCUCACCUCUCCAACAAAUUGUUCCCAUGGAGGACUGUCGCCAAGUAUGAUGGAGUAUGACACAGAGAACAUGAACUCGGAAGAGAUAUACAGCUCGCUCCGUGGUGUCACCGAGGCCAUUCAGAGCUUCAGCUACCGGAGCCAGGAGGACCUGAACGAGCCAAUCAGACGGGAGGGCAAGAGGGACGACGCAGCUGGGAGAGAAGGAGUAGCAUCGUCCCCUGGCUCCGAUGCUCGCUUGGGCUUGGACAUGGUCGAAGGAGGUCGCACUGCCUUGGACAACAAAACCUCACUACUCAACACACCGUCGCCACGCUCUUUCUCUGGGCCACGGAGCCGUGAGUUUGCCCCGUACGGCUACGGUGAUACCAUCUGUACCUACGAUAAGAGCGCCCUGAAGGAGGCCGUCUUCGACGACGACGUGGAGCAGUUCCGCGACUGCCGGCGUCAGGAGAGUGGUGAAAACAAGAUGACGCUCCCCAAGGUCUUUGCUCCUGUCGGUCAGGACCACUCCGACCUUGUAGCCGACCUGCUUAAGGAAUUGUCCAAUCACAACGAGCGCUCAGAGGAGCGUAAAGGUGCCCUGGUGGAGCUGCUGAAGAUCACACGAGAAGACAGCCUGGCUGUGUGGGACGAACACUUUAAAACCAUCCUCCUCCUCCUGCUGGAGACACUGGGAGAUAAAGAUCACACCAUCCGAGCCCUGGCUCUGCGUGUGCUGAAAGAAAUCCUGAGGAAUCAGCCAGCCCGCUUCAAAAACUACGCUGAGCUGACCAUCAUGAAGACUCUGGAGGCUCACAAGGACUCUCACAAGGAGGUGGUGCGUGCGGCCGAGGAGGCGGCGUCCACCCUGGCUGGUUCUAUCCACCCGGAGCAGUGCAUCAAGGUGCUGUGCCCUAUUGUACAGACAGCCGACUACCCCAUCAACCUGGCCGCCAUCAAGAUGCAAACCAAAGUCAUUGAACGCAUCGCCAAGGACUCACUACUGCAGCUGCUGCCUGACAUCAUCCCCGGACUCCUGCAGGGCUAUGACAACACAGAGAGCAGCGUUCGCAAGGCCAGCGUGUUCUGUUUAGUGGCUAUCUACUCUGUGAUUGGCGAGGAGCUCAAACCCCACCUGGCACAACUCACGGGCAGCAAGAUGAAGCUGCUGAACCUGUACAUCAAACGGGCCCAAACGACCAACAGCAAUAGCAGCAGUUCCUCCGAUGUCUCCUCUCACAGUUAAUGGAGCGAGGUUUCUUGUGGAAACCGCGUGGAGUGGAUGGCGUUGUAGGAUUUCCAGGGCAUAGCCUGCUCGCUCUUCUUUCAGACUUCUCUGUCUUCUGAGCUUCCCCUCCUCCUCAUCGUAACUCGAUCCCCACAGCGCUUUUCUCUUGUUUCGAGGGGAUCCCGUCAACCUGUUUGCCGUUUACUUCCUUCCUCCUCCGCCCCACCCCUGCUCUCAAAACUUGCGAAUGUAACUGUGGAUUGGUUUUUAGACGGGUGGGGAGGGAAUCAACACCUUUAGAGUUUUUUUUUUUUGGGAUUAAGUAAAAUGCACUUUCUCUUCCUCCGUGGCUCCCACAAACUCCACGCCGCCUUCUGUCGAUGAAAACUUCUGUUUCUCCGUGAGCCCUUGGAUUUAGUAGCCUAACGAGUUCAUACAAUAAGACCACACAUUUUUUUCCCAUCAGAGUAGAGAAAUGCACCAGAGGAAUUUCUGUCAAAUCAACCACACUUUGGGAUGAGGUGUCAUUUGGCUGGCCCAAUGAUGGUGAUAAAGCUAUAGGUUUUAGGAUGAAUUUUUUUGUUUGGUGAGCAUGAAAACCAAACACUGCAAGAAAAAAAGAAGAGUGCAAGGGAACAAUGUGACAUUAAAAAGAAAGAACUGUACGGGCAGAUUUAGUUCGUGUUUUAAGUUGAUGGUUCGUGAUCAGGGCUCAUCGAUUGUAGUCUUUGUUUUAUGCUCAUUUGUAAUUAAGAGUGGCUUAAUACAUUCAGUCCCCCUUUUCACAGAAAUUAAUAUUAUUCUCAACAAGGUACCACGUUGCUAAAACACAACUUUUCAGCUACAGGUCUGACAAUCCUUCAAAUGUUGUGCGUAUCCUUAUUUUGCGGUACAGGAGAUGAAAUUGCUGUUAAACUGCACAAUUGAACAUGACUGAAUUUACAAUCAGUAGAGAGGGAGAGUAGGAGUUCAGCCCGGAAAAAAAGUUGCCUGUAUUUUUUCACACCGAACUUUCUGCAUCAAGUGCGAAAAACAAAGCUUUUCGUUUAACGUGCUCUCACAGACAGAUGACGCCUUUCUUUACUUUUUUUUUUUUUUUUUUUUUGCGCCGUGGCACCUGAACCUACAAGGCUGACUCCGUCUGAAGAGGAAGCCCUUUGUAAAUACGACACAUUUUCCCUGUUUGGAGGAGUUGGGAGAGAGACCAGUGAUCCAAGACAGUGAAAAAGACAUUACCAGGCCUUAUUCACUUUACACACGCUAAUGUUUGUAGACUGGGACUGUGGAGAGUGGAUGGGAUGUACAGCACUGUAACUCUUGGCUCUCAAAAAAAAAAAUGUGAAUCUGCAGGAAACCAGACCCUGGCAGCGUUUUUUUUUUUUUUUUUGAUGAUGAAGCAAACAGUAUUAGUUGUUUCCUCUGAUCUCCUUCAGUUUCCCCCCACGUAUCCUCAGCUUCUGCAAUAACCGUAAAUCCACAAAUAAAGGUAUUUUGUACAUACACUUUUUGACCACUGCUUCGCAAAGUUUUACAGAAUGUUAAAGAAAAAAAAGAAAAGAAAAGUGAACAGGCUGAUUAUCUGAUUAACCUUUUUGCACGUUAGCAGAAUAGCUUGCAUGUAAUCUGCAGGCCCUGUCAACGCCGUGCUGUUUUUUUUUUUUUCGAAGGGGCCCCGGGUGUUUUUUGGAAAGUGUUAAAAGUGCACUUGUAACAUCAUCAGAUUACUCGUCUCUGAUUCAGUGUUUCGGAGGAGGUAGUCACAUUAACCAUGUUGCUCAUGUGUAAAAGGUACGAAAAAAGAAAAACCGUGUGUCUGGUGUGGUUCACCUGGCAAAAGCACUCAGGCAGGGUACUGAGAAAUCCGACCUCUGGGCGCGACUGUGACGUUUGAAUUUCAGCGUUUGAGGAAAUCAAAAGGCUUUAAAAAGUCCCAUUCCUGCUGUGAGACACUACACAGAUCCCUGAUUGGAAAGAGUUUCCCCAUUUGAUCAGAAUUUUAUUAUAGGAUAUGAUUUUGGUUUAUUAUGGUACAGUGGAUCUACUGUAGAAGAGAAUCAGACUCUUAUUUCUGUUAUUUGCCAACCUCUGGCAAAUCAGUGUUGAUAAUAAUGAUGAGGAAUUAUCUGCGUUGCUUGAUUUCACUUUGGGGACUCGCUCUUUUAGUUAGGUGGUGUUUUCAUCCAGGGGAUCCAGUGAGAACGAGUCAGUUCUGGUUAUUUAAGUAUUUAAGUGAAUGAAUGUACAGAAUUUGCAUAUGUUAUAAUUAGCUUUUUAAGUAUUGGUACUGAAAAUGAAUUCAACCUGCCGCCCUGCGCUCUCUCUGUGUAAUAUGCCUCUCUGCACUCUGCCUGAUGUUCACCCAAAUCCCUUCAACAAGUUUCAGAGCAUCCAUCGGCCGAGUCUCGUUUUUUAACCAGGCUCCUCCCAGUUAAAGCAAAUCUAUAGUUGGCGUAAAGAAGAACGUUGACCGGUCACCAAACCAGCCAUCACUAGCUUCUCUCAUCACGUCGCUGGUCCCCAGAAACAGAAAGAUGAGAUGGUAUUCCUUUCAAACUGUUCACUAUGCAUGUUCUGCAGUACACUGUCCUUCUUUUGUCUCAGUCGGUCAUGUAAUAUUCAUACCUGUAUUUAUAUAUUUUAUUUGAUCUUAUUUUAUUCUCAUGAUAAACUGUACAGAAGGUUUUUGUUUUGUUAAAAUCCACCUGUGAUAGAUUUGCAACGAUGUAAAGAAACUGUUUGCUCUAGAAAUAAACAGAC